CCCUGCCGCUUCUCACGCCUGCCCCGGCUGGAUUCAGCUGAGUGCUUCCAGUUGCUGUGGGAGACAUGAGGGUAACAGCGUAAGCCCAAGGAGCGAGAAAGAGACCAGCCGGAGACCCCGUGCCAGGAGCAAGGCAGGCUCGGUGGCGGUCAGCUUCCCAGAGCUCUGUCAUUGCUGUCACUGUCCCCAACCUCGGGAAGCGCAGCAGUGUCCGAAGAACCCUCCCGUUGGCACAGACUUUUCCUGCGACCAUGUCUUCCAUCAGGAUCGAAUGUGUUUUACGGGAGAACUGCAGGUGUGGGGAGUCUCCAGUAUGGGAGGAGGCAUCCAACUGUCUGCUGUUUGUAGACAUCCCUGCAAAGAAGGUUUGUCGAUGGGACUCACUCAGCAAGCAUGUGCAACGAGUGCCCGUGGAUGCCCCAGUUAGCUCAGUGGCACUUCGACAGUUGGGAGGCUAUGUUGCCACCAUUGGAACCAAAUUUUGUGCUUUGAACUGGGAAGAUCAAUCAGUAUUUGUCUUAGCCACGGUGGAUAAAGAUAAGACAAACAAUCGAUUCAAUGAUGGGAAGGUAGAUCCUGCUGGGAGAUACUUUGCUGGCACCAUGGCUGAGGAAACAGCCCCAGCAGUACUUGAGCGGCACCAAGGGUCCUUGUACUCCCUCUUUCCUGAUCACAACGUUAAGAAAUACUUUGACCAAGUAGACAUCUCCAAUGGUUUGGAUUGGUCCCUGGACCAUAAAAUUUUCUACUAUAUUGACAGCCUGUCCUACUCUGUGGAUGCCUUUGACUAUGACCUGCAUACAGGACAGAUCUCCAACCGCAGAAUUGUUUACAAGAUGGAGAAAGAUGAACAAAUCCCAGAUGGAAUGUGCAUUGAUGCUGAGGGAAAGCUUUGGGUGGCCUGUUACAAUGGAGGAAGAGUAAUUCGUCUAGAUCCUGAGACAGGAAAAAGACUCCAAACUGUAAAGUUGCCUGUUGAUAAAACAACAUCAUGCUGCUUUGGAGGAAAGGAUUACUCUGAAAUGUAUGUGACCUGUGCCAGGGAUGGGAUGGAUGCUGAAGGCCUUCUGAGGCAGCCUGAUGCUGGUGGCAUUUUCAAGAUAACUGGUCUUGGGGUCAAAGGAAUCGCCCCAUAUUCCUAUGCAGGGUAAACUGCAGCUCUUCCUUGCUGUCAGAAGAAAAUGCUUUAAAGACAACUGGAGAACUAAGGGACUUAAAUCAAUGAAAUUUCAAUCUAUUUUUUUAAUGAGACAAUGAUAUAGCAGGGUUAGGCUUUAAUUUAUAGUUUUGACUGGGUGCUGGGGAAUAAACCCAGUGUGUGACAUAUUAAUUAAGAACAUAAAUUAACAGUGAACUACAUUCCUAGUUUUUUUUUAAAAGUAGAGCAUUUUUCACAGAGAAUAAGUGGCUUUAAUAGCACAUUCUAGGCCUUCUAUUAAAAACAAUCCUAUAGAAACGCAAAAAGUUGUUCAACUAUCAAUCAGCCUGAUGACUGCAAAUUGCUCUUGGGUUGAAAUGGGACUAUGUCCAUUUUUUCCUGCAUUCCAUACUUGCUGUAUCCAAAGCUUCAAAAAAUUAAUGCAUAGAAACUUGGUGAUUUAUAAUGAUUUUGGAAUACUUCCUGUGUGUUAUUUUUACAAACUAAAAUACUGUCACAGGAUAUGAUACAAACACCGUGUCACAAUCUGUGGUUCUAACUGCCGCCUACUGGAUAUAAAAAAAAUACAUCACAUGGCAAAGAAUUUACGUUACUUUUUUACAUUUAUUCAUCCGUGUCUGUGUGUGUGUGUGUGUGUGAAUGUGCAAAUCCUAUUUCAAGGACUUGAUCUCAG